UGUGGAAAUUUGGUAAAGAAAACGAGCAAAAAAUCUUGAAGGUGAAAGCCGUGAAAGAAAAAGAACUUAGAGAUCUUAGAAGGAAAACACCUCAACAGAUGUGGAUAGAAGAUUUAGAUUGUUUUAUUGAAUCUUGGGAUAAUAUUCUAAGCCAAAAACAAUUUAUAACAAUGGAAGUCCAAGUGAAACCUGCUGAAACUAUUGCAAUUUCGCCGAAAUCAAAGAAACGAUCAUUAUCUAUUGAUGAAUCAUCUGACGACAAAGUGGGAAAGAAACGACCAUUACUCAUUGAAUCGGUUGAUGACGCGAGAGAAAAGAGAAGAUCAUUGUCAAUUGAUGAAUCGUUUGAUAAUGAAGAACUUUGCGAAGAUAUUGAAGAAGUAAAGAAUGUUAUAUCUACGCCCGUUAUUGUUGACGACGAUGAGUAUGUGGAGUCUGAAGAGGUCUCAGAGAGACCUAAAAAACGUCCUCGUCGAUCAACUGCAAAGCAAAUAAAUUAUGUGGAAUUAUCUGAUGGAAAAAAAAACUUAGUUAUUUUAUAA